UCAGACGAGACCGGUGGUUCCCAGUUCACAGUCUCCGAUAAAGGUUGAAACGAUGUCGUCUUCCUUUGCCGACUCCUUCGAUCACUUCGGCGGCGGCGGCGGCGGCGGCGGCGGCGGCGAUGAUCGAUCAUUUGACGAAGGGUACCUCGGGUCUGAUUCCUUUUCCAAUUUCAAUUCGGCUGCGGCCGAUUCUCCUCCCCCGAUCUAUGCAUCCAGCGGGGAAUUCCACUCUGAUUCGGCUUUUUUCCAGUCGGAAACAAAUACUAACGGUCCGAUUCUGCCGGAAAUGGGGCCAGAGGAGGGGCACGCACUCAGAGAAUGGAGAAGACAAAAUGCAACUAGACUAGAGGAGAAGGAGAAGAGAGAAAAGGAGUUGCUGGAACAAAUUGUAACUGAAGCUGAGGAGUACAAAGUUGAAUUUCACAAAAAGCGGCAGCUUGCUUGCGAAACCAAUAGAACUGCCAACCGGGAAAAGGAGAAGGUGUUUAUUGCAAGCCAAGAGAAAUUCCACGCUGAAGCAGACAAGGAUUAUUGGAAAUCGAUAGCGGAGCUAAUCCCCAAAGAAAUCCCUACAGUGGAUAAGAGGAAAGGCAAGAAGGAACAGGAGAAGAAGCCCGGAGUUACUGUGGUUCAAGGCCCUAAACCGGGAAAGCCAACCGACUUAGCCAGGAUGAGGCAGAUACUUAUAAAACUGAAGCACAACACUCCCGCCCACCUGAACCAGCAUUCCCCUCCCGCCCCGGAUGCCAAAACAGAUGCUUCUACACCCCAAAAGGCGGCCCCCAUUGCUGUGGCCUCCACAGAGGCUAUUGCAGUUUCGUAAGUUUAUUUUAUGCUCACAUAUAUUCGUAAAUUCGGUUUUCAUUUGGGAACUAUGAAUAGAAAUUGUGACUGGAGUCUGUUUAAUUUGAGAAAACUGUAGGAUUGGUGGUAUAUUUUAUUAUGAACCUGUUUUAUUAUUCGCCCCUUGUGA